GCGCCGCUGGCGUCCCAACAUGGCGGCGGCGGGCGGCAGCGGGCCGCUGGUGCUGGUGGCCCUGCUGCUGGCGGCGGCGGCGGCGCGGCUCUACCGGGCCGGGGAGGACCCGCUGACCGUGCUGGUGGCCGGCUCGGUGCGGCAGGCGCUGCUCAACUCCUCGGCCGCUUGGGUGGUGCAGUUCUACAGCUCGUCCUGCGGCCACUGCAUCGCCUUCGCCCCCACCUGGCGGGCCCUGGCGGGGGACGUUAAAGACUGGGAAUCUGCAAUUAGAGUUGGCGUGCUGGAUUGUGGGGAAGAAGAGAACUAUGAGACGUGCAAAGAAUAUGGUAUUCACUAUUACCCGACUUUUAGGUACUUCAAAGCAUUUACAAAGCAGUUUACUACUGGAGAAAAUUACAAAGGAGCAGAUCGGGAGCUGCAAACAGUUCGUCAGAUGAUGAUUGACUUCUUACAGAACCAUUCCCAAGAGUUGAGACCACCUGCUUGCCCGCCAUUGGAUCCAGUUCCGUCCAGUGAGAUUACUUCUCUCUUUGACAAGAACAACCAUCAUUAUACUGCCAUUGUGUUUGAAAGUAAUAAUUCCUAUGUUGGACGAGAGGUUAUCUUAGACUUGAUCCAGUAUGAAAACAUAGUUGUAAAGAGAGCAUUGAAUUUUGAUAAGCCUUUUCUUGAGAAACUUGGUAUUAUCUCAGUCCCUUCGUGCUAUCUGAUACAUACAAAUGGGUCCCAUGGAUUAAUUAACAAUUUGAAGCCUCUACGGUCUUUUUUUUCUUCAUAUUUAAAGUCACUGCCAGGCGUAAGAAAAAAACUUCUUUUGCCACUUCAGCUACCUGUUCAAGAAAACAAAGAGGAAAGUACAGAAAUCAAAGUGUGGAAGGAGUUUGAUAAAUCUAAGCUGUACAUGGCUGACCUUGAGUCGGGAUUGCAUUACCUGCUCAGGGUAGAGCUUGCUACGCACAAGACACUUGAGGGAGCUGAGCUGAAGACCUUCAAGGAUUUUGUUACCGUCUCUGCCAAGCUUUUUCCUGGCCGUCAGCCUGUGGUCAAGUUGUUAGAGACCUUGCAAGAGUGGCUGGUGAGCCUUCCAUUAGACAAAAUCCCUUAUGAUGCUAUCCUAGAUCUGGUCAACAACAAAAUGCGGAUUUCUGGGAUAUUUCUCACUAAAAAAGUUCAGUGGGUCGGAUGUCAGGGCAGCAGACCGGAGUUGAGAGGUUAUACCUGUUCCCUUUGGAAGCUGUUUCACACUCUAACUGUUCAAGCUGCGCUGCGACCAAAAGCUUUGUUUAAUACAGGUCUUGAAGACAAUCCUCAAAUAGUACUUCAGAUCAUGCGGAGAUACAUUUACCACUUCUUUGGAUGCAAGGCUUGUGCCCAGCAUUUUGAAGAAAUGGCUAAAGAGUCGAUGGAUUCUGUUAAAACCUUAGACAAGGCUGUUCUCUGGCUCUGGGAGAAACACAACGUUGUGAAUAACAGGCUCGCAGGUGAUUUGACUGAAGAUCCGAAAUUUCCCAAAGUUCAGUGGCCAACUCCAGACAUUUGUCCGGCAUGUCAUGAAGAAAUUAAAGGAUUACACAGCUGGAAUGAAGCCCAAGUUCUACAGUUCAUGAAAUAUCACUAUAACAGUGAAAAUAUUCUAUAUAAAUACACUGAAGGCCAGACUGACUCCAGCGAAAUUGAACAGGGAGAUACAAGGGAGCUGAAAGACAAAAGCCUACUGAAGAAGACAAGUGGAAACAGAGAAAAUAAGAUCCAGGAUAAAGAAAAGAUACUAGAUUCAGAAUCCAAGGUGUUAGAUAAGCUCAUAGCAAAUCAUGGACCUGUCAAAGAUAGUGGUAAAAGCGCAGUUGAAGCAGCUAACCUUAAAGAGACGAAGCAGGCUGUGUCUUUCCUAGGGAUUGGAUUUUCAAACAUAGACAUGAGUCUGUGUGUCAUACUGUAUGUAGCAUCGUCCUUAUUUUUAAUGAUAAUGUACUUUUUUUUCCGAAUGAGGUCUAAACGGUGGAAAGUGAAGUAUUAUCGUUCAUCCGUAUAGAAGUUUAAAUUGAAAACAAAGUUUUCAUUGUGUGUGGCUGUUCAGUACCAGAUACAGCUUUAAUAUUUAUGAUCAGGGAUUUUAUAUACAGUAUUCUUUGUUUAAAACCUCUUUGUUCCCGAGUCAUUUCACAAGUGUUCUAGCUUAAUAUAUGGAGCUCGCUCUGAGGACCUUAAUCUUUAACUGAGGCACAUAGCGCUAUCAUAAAAUGUCCUCUGAAGUAAGCAUUGCAUUUUUCAGUUAAGAUUUUUCCAUGACUUACCACCUACAUCCUUUACUCAUUUUCAGAGUAAACAUUACAUUAUGCAAUCAACUGUGCCUGGUUUUAGAAGGAAAUUGGAUAUUGUUUUGUGUACUUCAAGUCAGGUGUUUGUGUGUUGUUUGUUGAUUUUUUUUAAUUUAUCCAGAGCUGAUUUUUGCCUACCAGAGUACUGAACAGUUAUGCUGUUGCCUUGGCUGCUUCAUUUGGAGAAGCAAGAAUUCUGAUUUUUUUUUUUUUUUUUCCAGGAAACAAGAGUUCUCUUCUGAUUAAAUCAGUUCUAAACCCAUGUGACUUUAUGAAGUAUUAUUUACACUGCAUAUUUAAAUAGAAAGCAUUGCAUGUUCAAGUAAGUCUUCCAUUCUCCCGUGCGUUCCAGCCAGGGAUGUGUACGUCUCUGCUAGGAUGAGACUUUUGGGGCGGUUUGUAUCUCAAUAAGCAGCCUGAUUCUGGCUGCCAAUGCUGUCAUCUAUUUUAGUGGAGUUCAGAUGUAAGCAAGGCCAGACUCGGACCCAGUGCUUUACUUGCUCCUCUAUUGGAUGUGUUAACGGAGCAUUAGAUAACUCGCCUCGCUCAUUUAUGAACCAGAAAAGUAGCUCAGUAAUGACUGUGUUUUCCAGACGGAAGCCAAUUCUGAUGAACUCCAGUAAAGGGAAACACCAUUUUAGUGAGACUCUGUUUGCGUCAACAUGCCAGAACAAACUUACGGAUCUGGAAAUACUAAGUUUCUUAAUGAUGUUGGAGAACUCCUUUACAACAUAGUAAUUUUUCUUCCUGUAAGGUGGGGUGAACACUUCGCUCAGUAUUUCCAGUUCGGAGCUCUCAGAGAGUAUCACCUGCUGGCUGCAAAGUUGUCUGCAGAGUACUUGGAAGAGCCCAUUUCUCUUGCGCUUCUGCUGGAGUGCUCCUCUGGGUCAGGAAGGGUUUAACUAAUGGUUAAGUCCGAGAGCUGCUCUGUUCUGGGAUGUGGCAGCAGUUGGGAAUGUGGCAGUUGCCUUUGCGGAUCUGUCUGGGGUCCUGGCUGGCGGCAAUUAGAAGAAACCAUGAAAACAGUUAUAAAAUUACCAUUGGGAAUAGAGUUCCUUUCUGAUCCUAGCUGUGGGGGAUAAUUCACGUCCUGGAUAGUGAAGUUUAUAAUCCUAUCCAAUGUAAUUGAGCAUGUUCUAGUUAUCCAUUACCUAAUCUUUAGUUAAUCCUAAUAGGUUUUGGCCUCAAUGUUUUCUUGUGGCAGUGAGUUCUACAGAUUAAUUAUGUUAUAUAAAAAGGCUUUUCCUUUCAAUUCUACAUUUGCAACUUUUAAUUUAAUUGAAUGUUUGCUAGCUCUUCUGUUAUGCGAGAAGGAAUAAAUAGUCCCUGGCCAAUUCAUUCUAUUUAUACUGUUAGUGUGUCUUCCUCUUAUUUCCAUCAUAAACCCUAGCAUAAAAAGUUUGAAGCCUGACAACAAGAGUGGUCUAAAAGCACAAAAACUCAACGGGGAUAUUUUUCCUUAAUCAAAUCUUGUUUGUUCACAAACCUAAACAUUUCUGACACGACUUUCUGCAGCUUCCAAUUGGAAUAACAAAAUUGAGCUUCAAAGAUUUACUGUCCCUUGUUCCUUGAGUUUAUCAAAAUAACAUACACAUAAAGUAAUAACCUGCCGUAGUUAUUGUAAACAUAUGUCAGAGGGAAAAAAUCUCCAUUCACGGGGCACUGAUGUGCAUAGAGGUGCGUUAUCUGGGGUUUUCUUAAGCCAUCGUCACUGUUUAUUGUAUGCACCCUGUGGCUCUUGCUCCAAUGUGAGAAACUUGACUCUGUGCUCUCUCUCCGGGAGGCUGGGACCGGCUCCUGCCUGCUGCCACGCACGGAUCUGCCGAGCCAGGAGCCCCUGUGGGCAACUGCUGCUGCCUGCGCUCUAACAAAAAAUCUCUUUAAUUUUGACAUUAAGUCAGCUGGUGCUUUUUAAGGGCCCUCACUGUUCAAAAGUUCUAGCACAGGGAGCGAUCAUGGGUCUUUUUUCUUUAGGAAUUUCUAAGAGUCCCUAUAAUUAUCUUUACAGCACCUGGGCUUGAAUGUUAAGACGACUCGUCAGCAGCUAGAUUGGUAGUGAACCAGUCGUGGAGCGUGGUCCGGGCUGGCUGGUUGGUGCCUCUCGCUUUGUGCUGGAAUCCAGCAAGAGGGGCCAGGAGGAGGCUCGUUAAGAGGAAAGCCCAGAGUUUCCAAAUUUAGUUCUGAAAACUGGCCAAUUUUUAAGUGACCUAAUCUGGGGAGAUGUUGGUAUUAGCCAACAAGCAAGGACACUUAGCUUCUCAAAAAAAACCCCCCAACAAAUACCCCACACCACAAAACCAAAACCGCAGGAUAGCAAGUAUUGGAUCUGGCAAACGGGCCCAGUUCCUGUGGGACUGCGGAACGUGCUGCUGCCAGUGUCGUUGCUCGUUCAGAAGUUGAAAAAUCGGUUGUUACUGCUGGUGUUCACAACUCCACCAAAUACACAGGCCCGAGCUGGUUACCUUUGACUCAUUCUGCUUAUUUUCAUCUGCAGAGGAAAACAAAAGGCUUUGAAGGUUUGUAGAGGUGAUUUUGCCGUUAAAACAGCAGCAAAUGCAGGUUUGGAGUAAAGUUUGGGGUUUUUUUGUUUCACACCAUUAAGUUUCAUGUUGCUGUGACCCUGCUGGAAACAUGACAAAACGAACCGAUGCUCAAACCUCCAGUGGUGGUCUUUUGUUUCCUAAGAGUGUAAAAACAUGAAAUUAGGAUGUUGGUUAUUCGUGUUGGUGCUCUAACUCUGUCACCAGUUCACUGGCCGAGACUUUCCCUUUGACUGCUAGUAGUGACUGCGUCUGGAAAAGUUUUCUUGACUUUGAAUUCCGCUGUGUAAAUCUCGGUUUACUUGUUCUUACUUGCUGUUUUUAUAAUGGCAAAUUCCAUCCUUUUUUGUACUCUGACUGUGAAGACACGUUACGUCUGCUGGGGAAUGCGCGAUGCUGCUCUGCCGUGGCGCGUUAUCGGCGGGUGAGUUACAAACAAAGUGUUUCCAUUUUAAAAAUUGCCUCAAAGCGCCAUCUCCUCAGUCCUGGAGGUUUUAUUUGUGUAUUGUGUUGUACCGUGGAAGUUUCUGCAAUGCCGCUUUCAUCUGUGGAUCGUACUGUGCUGCCACCAGUCGUUUCCGAGAAGGAUUUCUUGGCCCUUUGUAAUUCAUGGAGCCGCCUUUGCUCUUCAGAUGUUUUUAAAGAGGAAACAUUAAACCUGCAUAUACAAUAAAAAUGAGUACUGUGGAACGUACCAGAAGAGAAAGAAAAGCUGCAAGUGCUAAAGAAACCUAAUGAUAUUAUUCCUGAGAACUCUCAAUUUUUAAUUUCCAGCGGUGUAUCCGUCCUGCUGUUCCUGCUCAGAACUGGGUGGGAACUACCAGCUUAGGGAGAGGUCCUGGGUGUUGAAAACAGUGAAUAUAACAGUUCAGUAAUUAAGAUGUUUUAUUUAUUUUUAUUCAAUAACUUGACAUUUUCAAGUCUAUUCUGGUUUGGUUGGUUUGGUUGUUUACUCAGUCUCAUACCUCUCUAGGAAGGAAAAGUGACCGUUUUGUACCAAACUGUAAACUAAUGUGCUUGUUUAAAAUAAAUCGCAAAC